GGUGGAGGGGGGAAGCGGAGGUGGUGGAAGAUAAUACAUUUGCUAUUACUGUCAUUUUCAUCAUCGGCACCUUUCCGGCGGCCUGUGAUACCCGGGAGGAGGGGGCGGAGGGCCACCCCAAGCCGGGGCGAUGGCUGCUCAUAAGCCAGUGGAGUGGGUGCAGGCGGUGGUAAACCGGUUCGAUGAGCAGCUUCCAAUUAAAGCGAGUCAGCAGAAUACCCACACCAAAGUCAGCAUGGAGCACAACAAAGAGUGUCUCAUAAACAUUUCAAAGUACAAAUUUUCUCUGGUUAUAAGUGGACUUACGAACAUCUUAAAAAAUGUAAACCACAUGAGAAUAUCUGGAGAGACUUCAGAAAAAAAUCUGUAUUUAUCUCAGUUGAUUAUUUUGGAUACACUGGAAAAAUGUCUUGCAGGGCAACCAAAGGAUUCUAUGCGCUUGGAUGAAACGAUGCUGGUAAAACAGUUACUGCCAGAGAUCUGCCAUUUUAUUCACACAUACAGAGAAGGCAAUCAGUAUGCAGCCGAACUCCGAAUGUCUGCUUCGGGGGUACUGUUCUCAAUUAGCUGUAAUAACUUUCAUGCCGUCUUUAGUCGUAUUUCUACAAGGCUUCAGGAACUGACCGUUUGUUCAGAGGACAAUGCUGACGUUCACGAUAUAGACUUGAUACAAUAUAUCAAUGUGGACUGUUCAAAACUUAAACGACUUUUACAGGAAACAGUAUUUAAGUUUAAGUCUCUGAAGAAAGUUGCUCAGUUGGCAGUUAUUAACAGUCUUGAAAAGGCCUUUUGGAAUUGGGUUGAGAAUUAUCCAGAUGAAUUUACAAAGUUGUACCAACGCCCACAGACUGAUAUGGCAGACUGUGCAGAAAAACUUUUUGACUUGGUGGACAGCUUUGCCGAGAGCAACAAGCGCAAAGCAGCAGUGUGGCCACUGCAGAUAAUUUUGUUGGUUCUGUGUCCUGAAAUUAUUCAAGAUAUAUCCAAGGAAGUUGUAGAAGAAAGUAAAAUGAACAAGAAAUUGUUCCUUGACAACCUCAGAAAAGCUUUAGCUGGGCACGGAGGAACGAAGUCACUGACAGAAACAGCAGCCAUUGCUAGUGUAAAACUGUGCAAAGCCUCAACAUACAUCAACUGGGAAGAUAAUUCUGUCAUAUUCCUUCUUGUGCAGUCUUUAGUCAUGGACUUGAAGAGUUUGCUAUUUAAUCCAAGCAAACCUUUCUCCAGAGGAACAGUAAGCCAGAAUGCUGAUUUGGAUCUUAUGAUUGACUGCUUGGUUUCUUGUUUUAGAAUCAACCCUCACAACAACCAGCACUUUAAAACCUGUUUGGCACAGUCAUCACCAACAACAUUUCAUUAUGUGCUUGUAAAUUCCCUGCAUAGAAUAAUUACAAAUUCUGCGUUGGAUUGGUGGCCUAAGAUUGAUGCUGUAUAUUGCUACUCAGGAGAACUGCGCAGCAUGUUUUCUGAAACUCUCAAAAUUGUUAUGCAGCUGCAGACAGCAAGCCGUCUGACACCGAGUCUUACUUUCAAGGAGAAAAUGCCAUACCUUAAAUUUAAGGACAGGUUAGCUGACCCAGAAACCAAGAGUUACAAGUACUUGCUGUUGUCUGUGGUGAAGCUCAUUCAUGGAGAUCCAAAGCUGCUCUUAUAUAAUCCUGGAAAAGCAGUUUCUGAUACACAUAGCAGCACUGCAGAAUUAAUAAAUGGACUGGUACAGCUGGUGCCUCAGUCAAAUAUGCCAGAAAUUGCACAGGAAGCUAUGGAGGCUCUGUUAGUCCUUCACCAGUCAGACAGCAUUGAACUCUGGAAUCCAGAGGCUCCCAUAGAAACAUUCUGGGAAAUAAGCUCCCAAAUGCUUUAUUCCAUUUGUACCAAGCUCAACAGCACAGAAAUUUUGAAAUGGCUACGAGAAAUUCUGAUAUGUAGGAAUAAAUUUCUUCUUAAAUAUAAGGAAAGUGCUUCUGCAGGAAGUGGAAUCCCAAUAUGUCGUCAAGCCCAGACAAAAUUAGAAGUUGCACUUUACAUGUUCCUCUGGAGUCCUGACACUGAGGCAGUUCUUGUUGCAAUGUCUUGUUUUCGAAGUUUGUGUGAAGAGGCAGACAUCCGUUGUGGGGUUGAUGAAGUAUCUGUCCAUAACUUUUUGCCAAAUUACAACACGUUUAUGGAGUUUGCUUCUGUAAGCAACAUGGUGUCGACUGGCAGAGCCGCUCUUCAGAAGCGUGUCAUGGCCUUACUGCGAAGAAUUGAACACCCUACUGCAGGCAACACUGAGGCGUGGGAAGAUACACAUGCAAAAUGGGAUCAUGCUACAAGACUGAUUCUAAACUACCCCAAAACUAAAUUGGAGGAUGGGCAGGCCCCAGAAAGCCUUCAUAAAACAAUUGUAAAAAGGAGAAUGUCUCAUGUAAGUGGAGGGGGGUCUAUAGAUCUGUCCGACACAGAUUGUCUGCAGGAGUGGAUAAACAUGACUGGUUUCCUUUCUGCUCUUGGAGGAGUCUGUCUUCAGCAUCGAGGCAAUGCUGGACUAGUUACUUACAGUCCACCCAUGGGUUCAGUUAAUGAACGCAAAGGUUCUGUAAUAUCAAUGGUCUCCACUGAAGGAAAUGCAGAAACGCCUGUCAGCAAAUUUCUUGAUCGCUUGUUGUCUCUGAUGGUGUGCAACCAUGAAAAAGUGGGGAUACAAAUUCGAAAUAACAUUAAGGAUUUAGUUGGUUUAGAAUUAAGCCCAGCUCUCUAUCCAAUGUUAUUUAAUAAAAUGAAGAACAACAUAAGCAAAUUUUUUGACUCACAAGGACAGGUUCUCCUCACAGAUACGAACACCCAGUUUGUUGAACAAACGAUCACCAUACUGAAGAACUUACUUGAUAAUCACACAGAAGGCAGUUCUGAGCAUUUGGGCCAAGCAAGUCUUGAAACAAUGAUGCUAAAUUUAGUAAGGUAUGUCCGGGUGCUGGGCAACUUAGUUCAUGCCAUCCAGAUUAAAACAAAGCUCUGUCAAUUGGUGGAAGUUAUGAUGGAAAGAAGAGAUGACCUUUCAUUCUGUCAAGAGAUGAAAUUUAGGAACAAGAUGGUGGAGUACUUGACUGACUGGGUAAUGGGAACAUCCAAUCAGGCCACAGAUGAAGAUGUAAAAUGCCUGACAAGAGAUUUAGAUCAGGCCAGUAUGGAAGCAGUUGUAUCCCUACUCGCAGGUCUGCCUCUUCAGCCAGAGGAAGGGGAUGGGGUAGAGUUAAUGGAGGCAAAAUCCCAGCUAUUCCUAAAGUACUUCACCUUGUUCAUGAACUUAUUGAAUGACUGCAGCGAGGCUGAGGAUGAUGGAACCCAGACUGGCGGCCGAAAGAGAGGAAUGUCCCGGAGACUGGCUUCCUUAAGGCACUGUACUGUCCUAGCCAUGUCUAAUUUGCUUAAUGCUAAUGUGGAUAGUGGCCUUAUGCAUUCAAUAGGGCUGGGCUAUCACAAGGAUCUGCAGACAAGAGCAACAUUUAUGGAGGUUCUAACAAAAAUACUGCAACAAGGAACAGAGUUUGACACACUUGCUGAAACUGUUCUGGCUGAUCGUUUUGAAAGGCUAGUAGAGUUGGUGACCAUGAUGGGAGAUCAAGGAGAAUUGCCAAUUGCCAUGGCUUUAGCCAAUGUUGUUCCAUGUUCACAGUGGGAUGAGCUUGCUCGAGUUCUUGUGACGCUCUUUGAUUCUCGUCACCUACUCUACCAGCUUUUAUGGAACAUGUUUUCUAAGGAGGUUGAACUGGCAGAUUCCAUGCAGACACUUUUCAGAGGCAACAGCUUGGCUAGUAAAAUCAUGACCUUUUGCUUUAAGGUCUAUGGUGCCACUUAUCUACAAAAGCUUCUGGAGCCUUUACUAAGGACUUUCAUUACAUCACCUGAGUGGCAGUAUGUCAGUUUUGAGGUUGACUCAACAAGGUUGGAUGGAAAUGAGGUCUUGGAAGAAAACCAACGUCGCUUGUUACAGAUGACUGAGAAGUUCUUCCAUGCUAUCAUAAACUCCACAAAUGAGUUUCCAACCCAGCUUCGUAGUGUGUGCCAUUGUCUGUACCAGGCAACUUGCCACUCCCUACUGAGUAAAGCUACCGUAAAAGAAAAAAAGGAAAACAAAAAAUCAGUUGUGAGUCAGAGGUUUCCACAAAAUAGUAUUGGUGCAGUGGGAAGUGCAAUGUUCCUCAGGUUCAUAAAUCCAGCCAUUGUGUCACCGUACGAAGCUGGGAUUUUGGAUAAGAAGCCACCACCACGGCUUGAGCGUGGUUUAAAGUUAAUGUCAAAGAUUCUACAAAGCAUCGCUAAUCAUGUUCUGUUCACUAAAGAGGAGCACAUGCGGCCUUUUAAUGAAUUUGUCAAAAGUAACUUUGAUGCAGCCAGGAGGUUCUUCUUUGACAUAGCCAACAAUUGCCCUCCAAGUGACACUGUAAAUCACAGCCUCUCUUUCAUAACGGAUGGGAAUGUACUUGCCUUACAUCGGUUGCUCUGGAACAACCAGGAGAAGAUUGGGCAGUAUCUAUCCAGUAACAGGGACCACAAAGCUGUAGGAAGAAGACCUUUUGACAAAAUGGCAACUCUCCUUGCAUACCUUGGACCUCCUGAACACAAACCUGUAGCUGAUACACAUUGGUCAAGUCUUAACUUAACAAGCUCCAAGUUUGAAGAGUUUAUGACGAGGCAUCAGGUGCAUGAAAAAGAAGAAUUCAAAGCAUUAAAAACCCUAAAUAUAUUUUACCAAGCAGGGACAUCAAGAAAUGGUAAUCCAGUUUUCUACUAUAUUGCUAGACGGUUCAAGACUGGUCAGAUCAAUGGCGACUUACUGAUUUACCACGUCUUGUUGACUCUAAAGCCAUACUAUGCCAAGCCAUAUGAAAUAGUAGUAGAUCUCACCCAUGCUGGGCCCAGCAAUCGCUUCAAGACAGACUUUCUUUCCAAAUGGUUUGUGGUGUUUCCUGGUUUCGCCUAUGAAAAUGUGACAAAUGUUUAUAUAUACAACUGCAACUCUUGGGUCAGGGAAUACACUAAAUACCACGAAAGGCUGUUAACUGGCCUGAAAGGCAGCAAGAGGCUAAUUUUUAUUGACCCAUCUGGAAAGUUGGCAGAGCAUAUUGAACACGAACAGCAAAAACUCCCAGCAGCCACACUGGCGUUGGAAGAAGACCUAAAGUUGUUCCAUAAUGCACUCAAAUUAGCCCACAAAGAUACCAAGGUCUCUAUAAAAGUGGGUUCUACAGCUGUUCAGGUAACGUCGGCAGAGCGAACUCGAGUCCUCGGGCAGUCAGUCUUUCUGAAUGACAUUUAUUACGCAUCUGAAAUUGAAGAGAUUUGUUUGGUGGAUGAAAACCAGUUCACUUUAACUAUCGCCAACCAAGGGACACCUCUCACUUUCAUGCACCAGGAGUGUGAAGCCAUCGUCCAAUCUAUCAUUCACAUACGGACUCGAUGGGAACUGUCGCAACCAGAUUCCAUUCCUCAGCACACUAAAAUCCGUCCAAAGGAUGUACCUGGAACACUACUAAACAUUGCUUUAUUAAAUCUGGGAAGUUCAGACCCAAGUCUACGGUCUGCUGCAUAUAACCUUCUGUGUGCCUUAACAUGUACCUUUAAUUUAAAGAUUGAAGGGCAGUUACUAGAGACUUCGGGUCUGUGCAUUCCUGCCAACAAUACUCUCUUCAUAGUUUCCAUUAGUAAGACACUGGCAGCUAAUGAGCCACAUCUAACUCUUGAGUUUUUAGAGGAGUGCAUCUCUGGCUUCAGCAAAUCCAGUAUUGAACUGAAGCAUCUAUGUCUUGAAUACAUGACACCUUGGCUGCUAAACCUUGUUCGGUUCUGUAAACUAACAGAUGAUGCUAAACGUCAGCGUGUCAGUGCUAUAUUGGACAAACUUAUAACCAUGACCAUCAACGAGAAACAAAUGUAUCCAUCUAUACAAGCUAAGAUAUGGGGCAGUCUUGGCCAGAUCACUGAUCUUCUUGAUGUUGUCCUGGACAGCUUUAUCAAAACCAGUGCAACAGGUGGUUUGGGUUCCAUUAAGGCUGAGGUUAUGGCUGAUACAGCUGUUGCUCUUGCUUCGGGCAAUGUGAAACUGGUUUCAAGCAAGGUAAUCGGUAGAAUGUGUAAAAUAAUCGACAAGACCUGCCUCUCCCCCACUCCCACUCUUGAGCAGCACCUUAUGUGGGAUGAUAUUGCCAUUCUUGCCCGAUACAUGCUGAUGCUUUCCUUCAACAACUCGUUGGAUGUUGCUGCCCAUCUUCCCUACCUCUUCCAUGUUGUCACCCUAUUAGUGGCAACUGGCCCACUGUCUCUUCGAGCUUCCACCCAUGGGCUUGUCAUCAAUAUCAUUCACUCCCUGUGCACUUGCUCUCAGCUGAAUUUCAGUGAGGAAACUAAACAGGUAUUAAGGCUAAGCCUGACUGAAUUCUCACUGCCCAAGUUUUACCUAUUGUUUGGCAUAAGCAAGGUUAAAUCGGCAGCUGUGAUAGCCUUCAGAUCCAGUUAUCGGGAUCGGUCCUUCUCACCUGGCUCCUACGAGAGGGAAACAUUUGCUUUGACCUCAUUGGAAACUGUUACUGAAGCCUUGCUGGAAAUUAUGGAGGCUUGCAUGAGAGAUAUCCCAACUUGCAAGUGGCUGGACCAGUGGACAGAACUAGCUCAGAAGUUUGCUUUUCAAUAUAACCCAUCACUUCAACCACGAGCUCUUGUGGUUUUUGGCUGCAUUAGCAAACGAGUUUCUCAUGGCCAAAUCAAACAGAUCAUUCGAAUACUUAGCAAGGGGCUUGAGAGCUGCUUGAAAGGUCCCGACAAUUACAACAGCCAAGUUUUAAUUGAAGCCACUGUGAUAGCACUAACGAAAUUGCAGCCUCUUCUGAAUAAGGAUUCUCCAAUGCACAAGGCUCUCUUCUGGGUGGCUAUGGCAGUAUUGCAGCUGGAUGAAGUUAAUCUCUAUUCAGCAGGAACAGCUCUUCUUGAACAAAAUUUGCACACUUUAGAUGGCCUCAGAGUGUUCAAUGACAAAAGUCCAGAAGAAGUUUUUAUGGAAAUAAGAAAUCCAUUGGAGGAAUGGCAUUGUAAACAAAUGGACCAUUUUGUUGGGCUCAAUUUUAACUCUAAUUUUAAUUUUGCACUAGUCGGACAUUUACUUAAAGGUUAUCGACACCCAUCUCCUACAACUGUGGCGAGGACAAUACGAAUCCUUCACACCCUCUUGGCACUUGUCAACAAACACAGAAAUUGUGAUAAAUUUGAAGUGAACACUGAGAGUGUUGCAUACUUGGCAGCAUUGCUCACUGUUUCUGAAGAAGUGAGGAGCCGAUGCAGUCUGAAACACAGAAAAUCUCUUUUACUGACAGAUGUUUCAAUGGAGAAUGUUCCUAUGGAUACAUAUCCAGUGCAUCAUCAUGACCCCACGUGCAGAACAUUGAAGGAAAACCAGCCCUGGUCAUCACCACAAGCAUCGGGUAUGCACCUAGCUGCUAGCUAUCCAACAGUGGGGCAGGUUAGCCCACGAACCAGGAAGUCCAUGAGCCUCGACAUGGGGCAACCAUCACAAGCAAACACUAAAAAGCUUCUUGGCACAAGGAAAAGCUUUGACCACUUAAUAUCUGACACUAAGGCUCCCAAAAGACAGGAGAUAGAGUCUGGCAUCACUACACCACCUAAGAUGAGACGAGUUGCAGAGCAUGAUUACGAUAUUGACACACCAAGAAUAUCAUCCCCGCAACAGCACCCUCACCUCCGAAAAGUAUCUGUGUCUGAAUCCAAUGUACUUUUGGAUGAGGAGGUCCUGACCGAUCCAAAAACUCAAGCUUUGCUCCUCACUGUUCUUGCUACACUUGUAAAAUACACUACAGAUGAGUUUGAUCAACGCAUCCUGUAUGAGUAUUUAGCAGAAGCCAGUGUGGUUUUUCCUAAAGUAUUUCCUGUGGUACAUAAUUUGUUGGAUUCUAAGAUAAGCACGCUUUUAUCUCUGAGUCAAGACCCACAUUUAUUGAAUCCAAUUCAUGGGAUUGUUCAAAGUGUGGUGUACCAUGAAGAGUCCCCUCCACAGUAUCAGCCAUCUUAUUUACAAAGUUUUGGGUUUAAUGGGUUAUGGAGGUUUGCUGGACCCUUCUCCAAGCAAACACAAAUCCCUGACUACGCGGAGCUGAUAGUAAAAUUUCUUGAUGCCUUGAUUGAUAAAUAUUUGCCAGUAAUUGAUGAAGAAGCCAGUGAAGAAUCUCUCCUGACUCCUACGUCUCCUUACCCUCCUGCUGUGCAGAGUCAAUUGAGUAUUACUGCUAAUCUUAAUCUUUCCAACUCAAUGACCUCCCUUGCAACUUCCCAGCAUUCCCCAGCUUCUCUGCCUUGCUCUAAAUCAGCCGUUUUCAUGCAGCCACUCCCUCAUCAAGGCAUCGACAAAGAAAACGUGGAACUGUCUCCCACCACUGGCCAUCCAAACAGCAGUAGAACACGCCACGGUUCAGCAAGCCAAGUGCAAAAGCAGAGAAGUGCUGGCAGCUUCAAACGUCACAGCAUUAAAAAGAUUGUGUGAUUUCUUUUUUUUUUCUUUUUUUUUUUUAUUAAUCACCCUUUUUAUUUAUUUUACAGUUCCUUUUCUAAAACUGACUUAACUAGACAGGAGGCUCACCAGUGGCCCCAUGCACAUUAUGAUGCUGCACUUAUAUAUUUUUUUUUAACGUUCCCAUGCAGUCAGCCAUGUUGCCAGAAGAUCAACGCUAUGAAAGCACUGCUUGAACUCAGCACCAUUUGGUUUCCUUAGCUGUUUCUCUCAAUAUUAUUUUUUAACAUACCGUGUGAGGUAAUGAUGGUCACGAGCGGAUCAGCAGUUUGUGAAUUCACAAUGAAGGAUUUCGGAUAUCUAAAAAAAAAAAAGGUGGCCUUGCCUUUUAUUGCAUUGGCUGAACAUAAGUGGCAUUUUCAUGGAAGAACUGCCCUUUUCUCCCCUGUGUCUUUUUUUUUUUCCGUUGUUUGUGGCAUUUUUUCUGUUUUUCAUUUAAAUGCUAAUUUUUUCUUGUGGCUUUGGUGGCAAAAGGAUCACUCCGAGAUUUCACUAUCCCCUUUUUAAACUUUUAGCUGUGGAUUCUUUUUUUUUUUUUUUUUUUUUACCUCUGUGCAGAAAUGAUGGUCUAAUCAGAAUGUCUUAUUGAUGGUACUUAAUUAAGCAAUUAUGGAUAUGUUCAUGUUUCACAAAGGGGUUCACCAUGCAAAUAAGAUUUGUGGGUACUUCAAAUAAAUUUAAUAAAAUGAUUCUAUUUUUAUUUUGGAUAUAUAUAUAUAUAUAUAUAUAUAUAUAUAUAUAUAUAUAUAUAUAUAUAUAUAUACAUACACACACAUAUACACAUUAUUCUGAGAAAAAAAUUAUAUAUAAAUGUAUAAUAUUUUCUUAUGCCACAGAAAACUUUUGGCCUAUUACUUAAAUUUCUCUCUUUGCAUUGCAUAUCAAAGGCAGUAUGUAUUCUGGCAUAAUCGAUGUAUAACCUUAGGAUGUAAAAAAUAUCCCAAACUGUAUGUAGGUAACUUUAAAGUGGCUACAAGGGGUGAAAGGGCACAUGUUCUUUCUGCCUGAUAUUUAAAUAGCAAAAAUCCCUUUUCAAAGCUCAUACUAGGUUUGUAGUCAAGGUGAGCCCGUGUGUGAUAGGUUCAUAGCCUGCCAGCAGAAGAAACUCUUUUACAAGCUAGUACCUGCAAAAAUAAUCAAUGUUUUCAGAUGUAGGCACAUUGAUCAGCACAGGAGCAGUGUGAAGGAAUGGAUUCUCUGCCUGCUUUUCUCUGCAGGUCAAGAUCCAUGUUGUGUGGCACAAAGCAAUGGACCUUUCUGUGUUUGGUUCUUGUGAGGUAGAUAAUUACAUUACCAGUGCACAGAUAAUCCCCCUGCAUAAUGGAUUUGUGUUUAUCUCUGGACUGGUAAUUUAAUUAAUUAGAACCAAAUGUGUAAUAGCUUCAGUUUCCCUGUUUUAACAAAAAGAGUAGGAAAAAGUGUGUUCAGUUCAAGCUCUAUUCAAUGAAUAUUAUUUUAAAUAUCUUGUCCCUAAUUUAACUGCCAUCUUGCUUAGGGCAGAGACACGCUCAGAUUCUGGGAGAUUAGUCUCCCAGCGACAAAUCUCCGUUUUCCAAAGUUGCCUCAUGAGGAAAUAUCGGGCAACGAAACGCUCAGAGUGCCAGCCCGCAGUUGAUUUAGAUUCUAGCUGGUGAGAGGCAGUUCUGGGAGUUUUAGUCGGCCCGAAGAAGAGGCAAUUUAUCACUGGGCAACUAACUUUUCCUGAAUCUGAGCGUGUGUCUCUGCCCUUACACUUACUAUAUACACAGGGCUGGCUUUAUUUUUAUCACAAAAAUGAAAAAAUACACGCUAUUUAAAGAUGAGGUUAAGGAAGACUGUAUUGUAAGCUUUGCUAUAUGUGUGUGGAGGAAUUACAUUUACACUGCUGUGACACCCUAUUGAUUUCUGUGCCAGAACAUACAUGAUUGCAGACAUCCCAUUCUUGUCAUGCCAGUGAUUCAUUGAUAAUUAAAUUAUUCCCUGUCGCAGAGCAACUUAUAAUCAAUGUUGCAUGUAAAAACCACCAAGGAGAGACCCUAAACUGAGGCAUUUGGGCUUUUAUUGUAUGGGGAUAUGUAGUAGGCCCUGGCACACAAGGUAUAGACGAAUAUGAUUUGAACACAGCAUCUGGGCUGCCUGUUUUUUCUUUUCCAGUAGAA